AUGUAUCGGAAGUUGUCUAAGUUAGAACACUCGGAAAUAAAACAACUUCUUACAGAAGCUAAUAUAGAUGUUGCAAAGCAUUACGCAACAAACAAAAAAGCACUCGCUGACUUCAUUAAAGACUACAAUGGUGCAAUAAGUUAUGAUAGAAUUCAUGAGUUCAUAAAGCCGCAACGCGGCGAGGACGAAGUCCAUGCAAGAGCAUUUCCUUUAAAUGACAUUGCUAUUGACUUAUAUCAUAGACGUUCAGUACCUCAUGAAGUAAGAAGAGAGAUGUUUGACAUAACAAAUGCAAACGUUGGUGAAACAAGAAGAGCU